AACACUAUAAAAGACCAACCAAAUUAGAUCUUUGUAGAUUAAGCAAAGUUCAUUAAACUCAUCAUCAUGGCUUUUGAAGCGUUUCUCAAUUCUCUGGAGCAUGGCGUCGGCGGCGGCGGCGACGUUCUAACGAAGGUGGGGGUGUUCGUUCUGGUGCAGGCUCUGGUGUAUCUGAUCCUCACCAAAUCCUCCAACAUUUUCUCCAGCUGCUCUUCUUCUUCUUCUUUUUCUGUGCUCAGAUCUCUCAGCUUCCGGCCCGUCCGGAUGUCGAGCGUCCGCCGCGUGCUCGCCUCGCUCUCCGACGUUCCCGCAGGCUCCGACGAUCCCUCCUCGGCAAACCUUAGUGAUUAGUUUUGAUUUAUAUAUCUCGAUUUAAUCGAAAGUUGUGAUGAAUUUGUUUGAUUGUGAAAGGUUUGUUGAUAAUUGGGUAUGUUGAAGCAGUUUUAGCGUUACUUGUGUAAAUAUUAUGGUGCAAUAUAUAUAGUUGAAAAUGCAACCGUUGUUGUAGUUGUAUUUAACUUUUGUGGCCAUAAAUAUUUUGUUUGGUUCCUUUGUAGCA